AUGUCGCCGACGACGCCGACAGACUUUGGCUCCCUCCCUCCGCCCCUCACCCGCUCUUCCACCGUCCCGACCGGCUCCAGCACCGGCGGCACCAACAGCAUCAACAACAGCAACAUCAACGUCACGCGCCAGGACCGCUCUCACCUUGCCCCCGAAGAUGCCUUCUUAGCGACCUCGCCGCCGCGCCGACCGGUCCCUUCCUUCCCCGAUGCCUCCACCGGGGCGGACCACCGCGCUGCGCGCGCCCACCUCCGACACGGCGCCGUCGCCGGCUCCCGCUCCCGCUCCCGCCGCAGUCGCAAGCGCACCUGGAAGAAGCUCAUGUGGGUCAAGCAGAGCUACCCGGACAACUACACCGACCAGGACACCUUCCUCGAAAGCCUGCAGCGCAACCCGCGCCUGCAGCCAUACGACUUCUGGCCCCUGGUCGCCGACUCCACCGUGAUUGUGCAGCACGUCUGCUCCGUCAUCAUCUUCAUCGUCUGCUUCGUCCUCAUACAGAAGCAGCGCGUGUCGCCCGUCUCGGUCGUGUCCUUCAGCAGCCUGGCGACCUUCCUCGGAUGGCUGCUCUGGGAGCGCUGGGAGGCCGACGAGGAGCGCAAGGAGCUCAGCGGCAUGGCCGGCAGCGCGACGGUCGCGGGGCGGAGGGAGCCCAGUCGGAGGACGGGGAGCAUGCGACGUCCGUCGCCGCACAUGGAUGAUACCUCGGCGGCGACGACGGCGACCAGCUCCCUCACGAACCUCUCCGCCGGCGCCGAGCGCUUGGUGCGGCACUCCCACUCCGCCUCGGCGAGCUCGCUCAUCUCCACGACAUCGACGACCUCGCAGUCCGCCUACCGCCGCCACAGCCAGGAAGUCACGAGCCAGCCGCUGCCGCGCCGCUCCUCGUUCCCCCUCCCGGGCGACGACAACAGCCGGCUGAACCAGCGCCUCAGCACGGUCAAGAGCGCCAUCCUCAUCUACUCGACGCUCCUCGGCCUGUCGCCCAUCCUCAAGUCCCUGACAAAGUCGACCUCCCCCGACAGCAUCUGGGCCAUGUCCUUCUGGCUGCUGACCAUCAACAUCUUCUUCUUCGACUACUCGGGCGGCGUGCGCGUCAACAUCCCCGCCUCGCUGUCGACCAACGCCGCGCUCAUGGCCUCGACCGUGCUCGCGAGCCGGCUGCCCUCCACGGGCCAGGUCUUCAGCCUCACGCUCUUCAGCAUCGAGGUGUUUGGCCUGUUCCCCGUCUUCCGCCGCUACGCGCGCCACCGGAGCUGGGGGUACAACUACGCCAUGACGGUCUUCCUGGUCCUCGGCGCCGGCGCCGGCGUCGGCGUCAUCAUGGGCGACGACGGCAGCGGCUCCUUCUGGCCGUGGAAGAGCGCCGUCGCCGGCAUGGUCGUCAGCGUGCUGAUUGCCGCCAUCGCCAUGGGCGGGUGCAGCUGGUGGCUGAUUGGGCUGCAAAAGUACAAGAACGAGAUUUACGGGCCGUGGGACCCGGCGAGGCCCAUCAUCAUGAGCCGACGGCUCUGGGAGGACGGAUGA